AAGCAGACACUGACUUCAGAGCUACAAAGGAAGACAGAAGCUGCUGGAAAAUAUUGCAGGCCAGGGUGGGAAGAGCGCCAGUAACUAUCAGUGGCUGCUCCACUACCUUUGUGAUUUUCUUGUCUUCUUCCAGUCUUUUAUUUGUUGUAUUUGUACUAAUAUUGAUCUGAUUAGCUGAAGAAGGAUCGGGCUGUGCCUGGACUAGUGGGAGUGUGAAUGCUCAUCUGCCAGAACAGAAGAGGGCAGAAAACCAACAAGAGAAAAGGGUACUAAAGCUUCAAAGGGCUGUUUUUUGUCUUUACUCUCCUGAUGGUCCCUGCUGGUCAGCGUGCUCGAAUGUCUCUGCGUAAGGAGUUCUCAACUAUUGUCUACUCUUUGCGUUUUCUUUCCCCUUGCUGAUCCUGAUUAUCUUGAUCUAAAAUGAUUUUGGAGACGAUCAUUUUCGGUUGCGGAGAGGCAGGAGGCAAAAAUUCUGUUUUGCAGCCUCGGAGUUUGUUAAUAAGUGCCGUAGCGACAACAGCGACGGCCUGACCUGUCUCGGAAAAGGGAGACGGGAAUAUAUCCAUCGGAAAUGGGGAAUUAGAGAAUACCCCCAAGCCCCAGAGAAUUCCCUUGUCUGCCCCUCCCAGGUGUGCCGCAGGAGGGAUAGGCCUCCUAUAUUUUCUUGCCAAAUUUCCAGGAAACUGCCCCAUCAUUGGGAGGGUGUGGUGUUUCUCUAACUCUUGACCCGAGAAUGGGGUGGGAACAAAUUAUUAUUUAUACUUGCGCCCCCACACAUUGAAAGCUGGCUAGAUUUAAGACUGGAAAGAAGAUAAAUGACAAACAAUAGUCUCACAUUGGUCCUGUCAUCUUGCAGAUUGACUAGGACUUGCGCUAACUGUUUAAUCCUUAACUGCUAAGGAUUUUAGAUAUUCAUCCUGUUUUGGUUUUCCCUCCGCGAUGACGCGUGUCGCAUUUUCAACCUUCCCUGGGAGAUAACUUCACCAUCUGCCGAACUUCCCCCCCUUCCCCUUAAUUUUUGGCUGGCAUGCAACAGCCGCUGUCUUUCUAGGCGCUGAUAGCAGCUGCCGUUUUGCGACCACUAAAGCGCGUUGCUGUUAUUAUCGCUGGCUGGGGAGUUUGUCCUGCUUGGCUCGCCGUUCGAAGGUGGGAGGACAGGGGGCAGGCUGAGAUGGGAGAGGGCAUGUCCAAACGAUUGAAGGUGCAAUUGGGAAGUGAAGCGGAGAUGGAGGAAAGGGCGUUCAACAACCCAUAUCCAGAUUAUCAGCCUUAUGGAAACACCGCCUCGGCCAGCACUACUUUGCCUACCCCCAGCGACUCGGAAGACAAUCGAUGCAGUUCGGCUUCGCCCCAACGAGACGACUCCCUCCCCUUCGAAAGCGACGGGCAGCCUUAUUUUUUGCAGAUCAGCUCAUAUUUUAAUAAGAAAAUUACAAGUAAAAUUAAAGACUUAUUGCAGCAAAUGGAAGAAGGAUUAAAAACAGCAGAUCCUCAUGACUGCUCUGCAUAUACUGGCUGGACAGGCAUAGCCCUCUUGUAUGUUCAGCUAUAUCGUGUGACAAAAGAGCCGACUCACCUACAGAGAUCCCUGGAUUAUGUGAAGAGAAUCCUACGUAAUCUGAAUGGAAGAAGAGUUACGUUUCUUUGUGGUGAUGCUGGACCUUUAGCAGUGGGAGCUGUUGUGUAUCACAAGAUGAAAAAUGAUAGUGAAUCCAAGGAAUGUGUGGCCAAACUUUUGCAGCUCCAGAGAAUAGUCCUUGCUUCAGAGUCUGAUCUUCCAGAUGAAUUGCUUUAUGGAAGAUCUGGUUACCUAUAUGCUUUGCUUUAUCUGAAUACUGAAAUUGGUCCUGAGACAGUACCACAGUCAGUAAUCAAAGAGGUUGUGGAAUCCAUCAUUCAGUCGGGGAAAAACUUUUCCAGAGAAGAACGAAAGACUGAACGGUGCCCAUUGCUGUACCAGUGGCACCGGAAACAGUAUGUGGGGGCAGCCCAUGGUGUGGCUGGGAUUUACUAUAUGCUUAUGCAGCCAGCAGCUAAUGUUGAUCAGGAGAUAUUGAUGGAACUUUUGAAACCAAGCAUUGACUAUGUGCGGCAUAAAAAAUUCCGAUCUGGGAAUUAUCCCUCAUCCUUAAGCAAUGAAACAGACAGGCUGGUGCAUUGGUGUCAUGGGGCACCUGGAGUCAUCCAUAUGCUCAUGCAAGCCUAUAAGGUUUUCAAGGAAGAUAAAUAUUUGAAGGAUGCUAUGGAAUGUAGUGAUGUCAUUUGGCAAAGGGGGUUAUUGAGGAAAGGAUACGGAAUCUGUCAUGGGACUGCUGGAAAUGGAUACUCUUUCCUGUCCCUCUAUCAUCUUACUCAAGAUAAAAAGUAUCUUUACCGAGCUUGCAAGUUUGCUGAAUGGUGUCUAGAUUAUGGUGCACACGGAUGCCGUAUUCCUGACCGACCCUACUCAUUGUUUGAAGGUAUGGCAGGAGCUAUCCACUUCCUUUCUGACAUCUUGGUUCCAGAAAAGUCUCACUUCCCAGCAUUUGAACUUAGUCCCCAAAUGAAAGAAAACAAAGAGAAGCAGAGCAGCUAAAUGGGAGUUGGAGGUGGUGCCAGAGGCAACAUGAAUGCCGAGUGCCUAAACUAUAUUGAACCAGUGUUGGAGUCCAAACAGCAAGAUCCAAGAAAACUUUCUUGGCUGUCCUUCAAAAGAUUGUGUUUGUCAUUAGCACAUGAAUGAGAGAAUUCCAUAUCUUGAUGUUUCCUUAUAAGAGAUACCUUUAACAAUGGCAAAGAACAAAUUUCAGUUUGUUGGGAUGUUUCUUGUUUGGCUUUCACAGUUGUCUCUUCAGGUCUUUUAUGUGUUUGCAUGUUCUUGGUGUUGUCUGUGAUUUUUCUCUUGUUUGUUGCAAAGCUGAAAAGCAUUCUGUAAUAUCUAGUCCUGUUGUUUUUUCCUGUGCAUGACUGUACUAACAACACAGUUUUUUCUGCAGCUGAAAAAUACAUUAUCACAAUAGGACCAAUCUGUUGGAUAUAAUAAAUGAGAGAAGCAGGAAAGGCCAGAUACUCAAGUUACAGAACCCUUUCUCCAGGAAACAAGUUCGGAGUUCUAAACCAUUUUGUUUGCUCCCACAACUGUACAGCAGUUUUAAAGUCCCAUGUGCUUAAAUUGCCAACCUCAUUCUAUAGAAUCUAGAAAUACUCAGUUUCUAGAUGUAUUAUGCACAACAUUUUUACAGUUAUUGUUUCCUUCCAUAGGGAAAAUUUUUAUGAUUUAUUUCAUCCAAAGUGCAACACUGACAUCCUAUAUUUGUUUCUCUGGAAUCACUAAAAUUUGUGGAUCCAGAUUAUGGGCGCUGUUUAAGUGCACUGCACUUAAAUAGGAUAACAUAACUUCCCCAUUUUAUUAUAUUUGUAUGUUGCAUCCAGCAAUUCUGUGCUAUGUGGAAAAUUUUCUUUACAAUCUGUUCAGUUCACACUUUUCUAUUUGAAACAGACUUAUUGCUGAGGGAUAACACAUGCUGGAUAACUUCUUUGUCCUUUUGGAUCUAGAUUAUAAAUCUUAGUUUAUGAAAAAAAACCUUACCCCUUUGAUAGUAUUGCAUAUCUGUAUUUGAUUAUUGUGUUUGGCAGACAACCAAACAAACCAAAGAAAAUAAAAUGACUUAUUCUCAUUUGGUUUCUCACUAAUCUGUUCUGAUUAAGAAUGCAAUGAUAUAAAUAUAAAAAAAAUCCAUUGUCAAAAAAA